AUCUCUUGGACAUACGAAGUACGAAGUAGCUUGCGCCUUUUAAUUGACGGUGCUCUUGUCUUACUAAUUGCGUCCAACAUCAGUACACGAAGUCCUUUGCAGCCAGGCCAAAGCUCCUCCUGCCCAGGCUCCUCCUCUGCGAAACCGUUAUCUCGGCGGACAUCACAGGACUCAUCAUGGCAGACGAUGCUGGCCCACUCGUUGUGGGCAUAUUGUCCUUGGGCGACAUGGGCGCCGGGAUCGCGAGGUUGCUCAAGGCGCGGGGCUUUCUCGUUGCAACAAAUUGCCAAGGCCGGAGGUUUGUCGUGGAGCGGACGAUUGCCUUCGUGCGAGUGAUGAUGCUGACCCUGUUUACCAGCCAAGACACGGUAGACCGGGCCAAGGAUGCCGGCAUUGAAGUGCUGUCCUCGGACCUGGACCUUGUCCAGCGCUGCGCCGUCAUCUUGUCGGUCUUGCCCCCCCGAGAUGCCGAGGCCACCGCCCAGCGGGUUGCCGAUGCGCUCUCGGGUCAGCAUCGCAAAGAGCCUCUCUACUUUGUCGACCUCAACGCGGUAUCGCCAUCGACCUGCAAGGGUAUGGCGUCAUUGUUCCAGAGGUCCCAGGUCCCUGUGCGCUUCAUCGACGGAUGCAUUCUUGGCGGGCCGCCGCGCCUCCGGGCGGGCGGCGGCGCGGCGGCACCGGACUCUCUGCAGAACAAGGACUCGGAUGCCGAGUGGCGGCGGCCAGACAUCCCAGUCUCCGGUCCCGACUCGCUGUCAUCUCUAGGUCCGGAAGGGGAGCGGCUCGCCUCGGUGCUCAACUUUCGGUCUAUAUCGCCCGACAUCGGCGCCGCGAGCGGGCUCAAGAUGUGCUUUGCCUCCAUCGCCAAGGGCUUCACCGCGCUCGUCACGCAGUCCUUCACCACGGCGGAACGCCUCGGCGUCGCCGCCGAGCUGAAGCACGAGCUGGCGGACAUCCUGCCCAACCACCUGGCCACCGCGGAGCGGAGCGUGCCCGACAUGCCGCCCAAGGCGUACAGGUGGGUGCGCGAGAUGGAGGAGAUUGCGGACACGAUGCACGAGGAGGGCGGUUGGAGCAGGGACCUGUUCCGGGGCGUGGCGGGCGUGUACAAGGCCGUCGCCGAUGACGAGGUGCUUGGCAAGGAGAAGGUUGGGAAGAGAAGCAGGGGCACGACCCUGGAGGAUGUUGCGGCGGCCAUGGCUGAGGGCCUUGAACGCAAAAAGAAGAAGACUGAGUAGAGGCAUGUCGCUGGUGGGAGAUCAUUUUCCUUCUCUGUGGUCGUGGCUGCCUUUGUGAUUUCAAGCAUGAUUCACAGCAUAACUAUAUCGGGUCCGAGGUUGCAUAAUAUGGGCUGUAAAUUAUGAGAACUGUCGCCUCAACGCGACGGAGGUGCGCAUGUCAUUAUAAUACAAAGCAGGCAACGCGCGGCU